GGGAGACCAGAGAAAUGCGACUAUGCGACUCGCCUGACUGCCAAUUCAGCGGAUUCGAAAUUUCCACUUCGCAGACGUUCAUGGCGCCAUUGCCAGCAACCAAAAGACAAACCUUUUCGAAAAUCCCACAAACCCCAAACCUCUAGAGUCUAGACCCCCAAAAAGGAUGAAGGGAAGAAAGGAGAAAUGCCCUUCCCGCCGCUGAAGUUGCAGAAGAAGAAGAACAAAAAGUCGUAGCAGUAGCAGAUAUGGAGAACCUAUUCAGCGAAGUUGAAACCCAGGAAAUCAGGGAGUCAAUGCUAGAAUGGUACGAUUUUAAUCACAGGGAGCUUCCAUGGAGAAGGAAAGAGAAGGGCUCUGGUGAAGGAAUCGGUGGGGAAGGAGAGAAGGAGAAGUGGCGUAUGGGGUUUGGGUUUCUGAAGUGAUGCUGCAGCAGACUAGAGUUCAGACGCUUAUUGAUUACUAUAAUCGGUGGAUGGCUAAUUGGCCUACCGUUUGAGCUUCUAGCUCAAGCUUCUCUCGAGGAGGUUAAUGAGAUGUGGGCGGGUCUGGGUUAUUACAGGCGGGCACGGUUUCUAUUGCAGGGAGCCAAGAUGAUUGUUGAUGAAGGAGAUGGAUUUCCCAGCACAGUUGCUUCCCGAGGAAGGUUCCUGGAAUAGGAAACUACACUGCUGGUGCAAUUGCCUCUAUAGCAUUCAAUGAAGCUGUGCCUGUAGUUGAUAGCAGUGUGUUAAUGGUGCUUGCUAGGUUGAGAGCAAUUUCCGCAAAUCCUAAGGAUGCAGCAACGAUGAAGACCUUUUGGUUAGGAAAAGUUUCUCUGUUUCUUUCUCUACUUGUCUUUCCUAUCAGACGUUCUUUCUCUGUGUGAAACUAGUGAUUGUUAGAGUGGGUGUAUGUUGAGAAGGCAUGCAUUUCUAUUCGACUUUCUCAUGCAAGUUUGUAUUGAACCAGGAAGCUAGCAGGUCAAUUAGUGGACGCUCAUCGUCUUGGAGACUUCAACCAGUCUCUCAUGGAACUUGGUGCUACUGUCUGCACCCCAUUGAAUCCCAGCUGCUCUUCCUGUGUCCUGUUUCUAGCCGUUGCAGAGCUCUUAUAACCUCGAAGCAGGACAAUUCAAUCCUAGUAAGCAGGUUAGCAGGACAAGUCAUGGAUCCAUUUCUGAAGAAAUCAUUUGGACUUGAUCCAAAAGGAGGUGUAAGGUUAUUGAAAGGGAAGAUGUAGGAGAAUUUGUGCAUAUUUUCAGUCACAUUCGCCUGAAGGUUUACGUGGGAUUGUUAGUUAUACAGCUUAGAGGUGAGAUUUCUGACAUACUUCCCGAGGAAAAGAAAGAAGUUUCCUGGAAGUGUGUGGAAGGCAAGGCACUUGCAAGUUUGGGAUUGACACCUGCAAUCCAGGUCUACUUGAUGGUUCAGAAGCUCAAGCAAAGUAAGAUCGCCAGGAAUUCCCCAUCCGAAAGGAAAUUGAAGAAACCAAGAAAAUGACACCAAACUAGUGAAACCCUCAUAUGUUUGAAUACAAGUGCUAGUGGUCCUGGUCCAUGCUUUGUCGAGGGGACAAUGAUAAAGCCCAAUACGUCCCUUAGAAGCAAUGUAUGUGAACUUGUGCAACCGUACAUCAGCGAUAGCAAUGACCAGAAGCGACCUUGUCGUAGCAGAGUUCACUAUGCGAAGGUGAUCCGGACACUAAAUGUGGAUUAAGAGGCAGCCACUGGAGCAUUUUGAUUCAAUCUUUGCAGGUCUCAGCCAAGGGGCUUGGAAGAGGCUCUAUUUGAAGCUUGACAUGUAUGCUCUCAGCAGUAGCAUUCCUUGCUGCCUCUUUUUGGGGUUACUUUGUACUCUUCUGUACACCUUUGUAAGUUAUUUUGGGAAUUGAUGGCAACGCGGGAAGUUUCAAAGGGAAAUUUUUUGUAGCAUUAUAUUGAUGCUAAUUGUUAUACCAACUUUAUCUUGUUGUAGCUUAUCCUUAUUUUACUGCCGUGGAGUAUUGAGUAGAAGGUUUGGUUACUAAGUGGUGGUUGUAAUACAAAGCAAAGGGACAAAGGUUGAGUGACAGUGAUGGGCAGCAGAUGUUGGACCAAGGCUUUGAAAUUUUCUUUAUUUUUCUCAGCCAAAAGUUACCCACAAUUUUGGGGGGGAAAUACCCAAAAGAAACCAGUGGCAUAUAUUGUGCCUAGCAGUUUGUGGAUUAGAAGACCCUGUUUUCCUCUUUACAUUCCUUCACUGCUGCUCUUCCAGCUUCUGCAAUCAGCCCUCUUUCACCCUGCUUAUGUGAAUUGUGAAACUUGAGCCAUUGUUGAAGAAAAAAGAAAAUAUACAAGAAAUCAGGCAUCACCUACAGCUUCAUUCCGGACUAUCGAAUCCGUUCUAUAUCAUGGCAAGUGCAGGUAGAGCAAUGGGGAUUUCGAGCUUCCCUUCAUCUCCAUCAUCUUUCAUGAAGAAUACCAUAACAACUUCUUCGUCAUCCACCAUUGUUCCUGUGAUGGUUACCAAGUUGAUGAGAUUGAGAAGAACAACCAUCAUCACCUGCUGCUCAACAGUGCAAGAAUCAUCCACCUCUACUUCUUCGAUAGUUGCUGAAGGUGCGAAAGAGGAAGUGAAACCAGUUGAAGAAGAAGCCCUAGCAAAGCCAAAGCCAAAACCAGCAGCAAAAGCAGCUAAAGCUCCUGUGAAGCCAUUGCCUCAGAUGAUGGAAGAGGAUGUUAUCCCUUCACUGAAAUCAACACUUGAAGUGCAAGAUGACAUCUCUGAACUUCAACUAUCCUUCCAAGACAACACAUUGGAAGGUUCAUUUGUGAAACAGAGCAUUCCAUAUUCUUUCUGGGCCUUUUUCCCUGAUGGAGUCCUCACAGGUGCAAGGGGGUUUUCCAUAUCCUCUUAUGGCCAAGGAGCCAGCACUGUUGAGCCAUUUCUGAUUGAUGAGAAGAAAAUCACACCCAGACAUGUCGUGUUUUGGGUGGAAAAGCGUUUGGCAGCUCAAGGAAUCAUUCCAGUCUGGAAAUAACAGAUGUAAAUGACUGUCUAGUUCCAUUCCUCCAUCAGAAUCAUGUAUUAUAGAUGCAAGCCUGACAAUGAAGGAAAGGAUCUUUACCC